AUGUCAGCCGCCCUCAUUGACACCGACGACGUGAUGGAGCCUUCGCUCCAGUCCAUCCUCGACCAAAAGACCCUCCGCUGGAUUUUUGUCGGCGGCAAGGGUGGUGUCGGCAAGACCACCACCUCCUCCUCCCUCGCCAUCCAGCUCGCCAAGGUGCGCCGCUCCGUGCUGCUCAUCUCGACCGACCCCGCGCACAACCUAUCCGAUGCCUUUGGCCAAAAGUUCGGCAAGGAGGCUCGCCCCAUCAACGGCUUCGAUAACUUGAGCGCCAUGGAGAUCGAUCCCAACGGCAGCAUGCAGGACCUCUUGGCCGGUCAGCUUGACGAGGGUGAUGAUGCCAUGGGUGGGUUGGGAAAUGUCGUCCAGGACAUGGCUGCGGCAAUUCCUGGUAUCGAUGAGGCCAUGUCCUUCGCCGAAGUAAUCAAGCAGGUGAAAAGCCUCUCUUACGACGUCAUCGUCUUCGAUACUGCUCCCACCGGGCACACCCUUCGCUUCCUCCAGUUCCCCACCGUCCUCGAAAAGGCCCUCGCCAAGGUUACCCAACUCUCCUCCCAGUUCGGGCCUCUCCUAAACGGCAUCCUGGGCCCUGGCGGCCAGCUGCCCAAUGGCCAAAACCUCAAUGACACCAUCGAGAAGCUCGAGGGCCUGCGCGCCACCAUUAGCGAGGUCAACAACCAGUUCAAGGAUGUCAACCUCACCACCUUUGUCUGCGUCUGCAUUCCCGAAUUCCUAUCUCUAUACGAGACGGAGCGCAUGAUCCAGGAGCUCGGUAACUACGGCAUCGAUACCCACACUGUUGUCGUCAACCAGCUCCUCUUCCCCAAGAAGGGCAGCAACUGCGAGCAGUGCACUGCCAGGAGGAAAAUGCAAAAGAAGUACCUGGAGCAGAUUGAGGAACUCUACGACGAAUUCAACGUUGUCAAGAUGCCCCUCUUGGUCGAGGAGGUGCGCGGAAAGGAGAAGUUGGAGAAGUUUAGCAGCAUGCUCGUGCAGCCUUACGUACCGCCGGAGGCUGAUGAAUAG